AUGAAUGUGUGGUUUAUGUAGAUUUGGUUGGAAGCAGAAAUAAUGGAGUCGCCAGGCCAGGGACAACAAGGCAAAAAAUCAGCGAUUCUGCCGCCACUGCCGAGAGAUUCCCGCGGCUCGCUCGAAGUCUUCAACCCCUCAACCUUCUCUUCACGCGCCGCCAGCCCGGUUUUCCAGUCGUGGAAGAGCUGGGAAGAUGAUCCGCCGCCGCCGCCGCCACCGCCGAGAGUCGGUAGUCCUGAAUUACUGGAACACCCCAAAGUCUUCUCCGGCGGCACUUCUGGUAGAGCUAAUAAUGGUGCGGAAAUCACGUCGUGGAUGGCCCUCAAGGACCCGAGUCCGCCGGCGCCGGCGCCGGCACAACUCUCGGCGUCCCCGGUGAAGGACGAGGUCGGAACCGCCGCUCAAAGGGCGGCGGAGUGGGGACUGGUGUUGAAGACAGACGACGAGACUGGUAAACUUCAGGGGGUUAAGGUUAGAACCUCCGGCGAAGAGGGGUCUAAACGGGAUUCCGGAACCUCCGUCCGAAGCUCCGGUGAAACGUACGAGGAUGGAACCGGAAAAGAAAAAGGAAUCCCAAGAAUCUCAGAGGAUUUGAGGGAUGCGUUAUCCACAUUUCAACAAACAUUCGUGGUGUCGGAUGCAACCAAACCCGAUUACCCGAUUAUGUACGCCAGUGCCGGCUUUUUCAAGAUGACCGGUUACUCCUCCAAGGAAGUCAUCGGCAGGAAUAGUCGGUUCUUGCAAGGUGCGGACACAGAUCCAGAGGACGUGGCCAGGAUCCGGGAAGCUUUACAUUCGGGUUCAAGUUAUUGUGGAAGGCUACUCAAUUACAAGAAAGACGGCACACCUUUUUGGAACCUUCUCACUAUUACACCCAUCAAGGAUGAAACCGGAAAAAUUCUUAAAUUUAUUGGAAUGCAAGUGGAGGUUAGCAAGCACACAGAGGGCUUCAAGGAAAAAAUGGUCCGUCCAAACGGACUUCCUGAAUCAUUGAUCCGUUAUGACGCUCGGCAGAAGGAAGCUGCGGCGAGUUCAGUUGUGGAUAUAGUGGAGGCGGUGAAGAAACCCGGCGCCCGGGCAAGGGCGCUCAGCGAAUCCACUUAUCGUCCCCUCAUCAGGAAGUCCGGCGGCGGCACUGAUCAAGAACGUUCCGACGCCCUCGGAAACUCCAAUUCCGACUACAAACCUCCCCCGCCGGCGCCGCCUAGACGCCACUCCCACGCCGGCACCAGAACCACGUUAAUGGAGAAGAUAAGUGAGGUUCCCGACAAGAAGCCAAAGAAAACUAGCCGCCUCUCCUUCAUGGGAAUGUUAAAGAAACCUCGUCCUAGUAGUAAUAGCGACGAAUUUGAGGCAAGUGUUACAAUGUUCGAGGAUGACGACGACGACGAUGAAGAGAGCGACGACGAUGCACGACCGGACAGCGUUGACGACAGAGUGAGGAAGAAGGAAAUGAGAAAGGGUCUUGAUUUGGCCACCACGCUUGAACGUAUAGAGAAGAACUUUGUCAUCACUGAUCCUAGGCUGCCGGAUAAUCCCAUUAUAUUUGCGUCGGAUAGCUUCUUGGAGCUUACGGAGUACAGUCGUGAAGAAAUUCUGGGAAGAAAUUGCAGGUUUCUCCAAGGACCAGAAACCGAUCCGGCGACGGUACGGAAAAUCAGAGAGGCAAUUGAUACACAGACUGACGUCACCGUGCAGCUCAUUAACUACACCAAGAGCGGCAAGAAGUUCUGGAACUUGUUCCAUCUGCAACCUAUGCGUGAUCAAAAGGGAGAGGUACAGUACUUCAUUGGAGUGCAACUGGACGGCAGCCAACAUGUAGAACCUCUUCACAACUGUAUUCCAGAGGACAAGGCGAAGGAGAGUGCUCAGCUGGUAAAAGAAACAGCUGAAAAUGUUGAUGAAGCAGUCAGAGAGCUCCCAGAUGCCAAUCAGAAACCAGAGGAUUUGUGGGUUAAUCAUUCAAAGGUGGUUCACCCAAAGCCUCAUAGGAAAGACAGCCCAUCUUGGAAAGCCAUUCAGAAGAUUCUAGAGAGUGGAGAACCAAUAGGUCUGAAGCAUUUUAAGCCGGUAAAACCGUUGGGAUCUGGUGAUACAGGCAGUGUGCACUUAGUGGAACUGUGUGAAACUGGCCAGUUUUUUGCCAUGAAAGCAAUGGAUAAGAGCAUGAUGCUCAACCGUAACAAGGUUCACAGGGCUUGUGCAGAAAGAGAAAUCCUUGACAUGUUAGACCAUCCUUUUCUCCCUGCACUUUAUGCUUCAUUUCAGACCAAAACUCAUAUUUGUCUGAUAAGUGAUUAUUGCCCUGGUGGUGAACUCUUCCUCCUCUUGGACAGACAACCCACAAAAGUGUUGAAGGAAGAUGCUGUAAGAUUCUUUGCUGCAGAAGUAGUAGUGGCACUGGAGUACCUUCACUGUCAAGGUAUCAUUUACAGGGACUUGAAGCCUGAAAAUGUUCUGCUUCAGAGUAGUGGACACAUAACCUUGACAGAUUUUGAUUUGUCCUGUUUAACAUCUUGCAAGCCACAGCUUCUGAUUCCUGAGGCCACUGACAAGAAAAAGAAUCAGAAAGGACAGCAAAAUCCAAUCUUCUUGGCUGAGCCGAUGCGCGCAUCGAAUUCGUUUGUUGGAACUGAAGAAUACAUAGCUCCGGAAAUCAUAACUGGUGCAGGCCAUACUAGUGCAGUGGACUGGUGGGCUCUUGGCAUUCUUUUGUAUGAAAUGCUUUAUGGAUAUACACCAUUCAGGGGCAAGACCAGGCAAAAGACAUUUGCCAACGUUCUCCACAAGGAUCUGAAAUUCCCAGGAAGUAUACAGGUUAGUCUGCAUGCAAAGCAGUUCAUGUACAGAUUGCUGCACAGAGAUCCCAAAAACAGGUUGGGAUCACGAGAAGGAGCAAAUGAGAUCAAGCACCAUCCAUUCUUCAAAGGUGUAAACUGGGCUUUAGUGAGAUGCGUGAGCCCUCCAAAACUGGAUGCUCCUCUUUUUGAAACAGCAGCUGAGAAAGAAGAAAAAUUUGACCCUGGGAUGGAGGAUUUACAGAUAAAUAUUUUCUAAAAGAUAAUGAAGCUAUUCCCUGAUCAAUCAUCAUUCCCAGAAAUGCAAAAAAGCAGGAGCUUUUUGAAA